AUGGAGCUGCUGUCCACGCCCCACAGCAUCGAGGUCAACAAUAUCACCUGCGACUCAUUCCGCAUCUCCUGGGCCAUGGAGAACAGCGACCUGGAGAGGGUCACCCACUACUUCAUCGACCUGAACAAGAAGGAGAAUAAGAACUCCAACAAGUUCAAGCACCGGGAUGUCCCCACCAAGCUUGUUGCCAAGGCUGUGCCACUGCCCAUGACAGUGAGGGGCCACUGGUUCCUGAGUCCCCGCACCGAGUACAGUGUGGCGGUGCAGACUGCCGUGAAGCAGAGCGACGGCGAGUACCUGGUGUCUGGCUGGAGCGAGACGGUCGAGUUCUGCACUGGGGAUUAUGCCAAGGAGCACCUGGCGCAGCUACAGGAGAAGGCUGAGCAGAUCGCAGGCCGCAUGCUCCGCUUCUCCGUCUUCUACCGCAACCAUCACAAGGAAUACUUCCAGCAUGCCAGGACCCACUGCGGGAACAUGCUGCAACCCUACCUGAAGGACAACAGCGGCAGCCACGGCUCCCCGACCAGCGGCAUGCUCCACGGCGUCUUCUUCAGCUGCAACACAGAAUUCAACACUGGCCAGCCCCCGCAGGACUCCCCCUACGGCCGCUGGCGCUUCCAGAUCCCCGCCCAGCGCCUCUUCAACCCCAGCACCAACCUCUACUUUGCGGACUUCUACUGUAUGUACACGGCCUACCACUACGCCAUCCUGGUACUGGCCCCCAAGGGUUCCCUGGGGGACCGCUUCUGCCGCGACCGUCUGCCUCUCCUGGACAUUGCCUGCAACAAGUUCCUGACCUGCAGCGUGGAGGACGGGGAGCUGGUCUUCCGCCAUGCCCAGGACCUCAUCCUGGAGAUCAUCUACACCGAGCCGGUCGACCUGUCCCUGGGCACCCUGGGGGAGAUCAGCGGGCACCAGCUGAUGAGCCUGUCUACCGCCGACGCCAAGAAGGACCCCAGCUGCAAGACCUGCAACAUCAGCGUGGGCCGCUAG